AUGGUUUCAACAAGCUAUAAAAGCUAUAGACAUUUAAAUGUACCGGUCAGUAAUUCUAUUUUAUUUGAAAAAUCUAUAAAUUUAGCUUUACAAUUAGGCGUAGAAAAUUUUAGUCCAACGAUCGGGUGGCUGACUCGUUGGAAUUGGAAAAACAGAAACAAUAUUGUUUUCAAAAAAACAUGUGGAGAAAAAAAAGAUGCAGAUUUUCAAGCUGCAGACGAUUACUUAAAGAAUUUUAUUGCAUCGUCUAAUUAUGCACCUGAUGGCGUAUAUAAUGUAGACGAAAUUGGUCUGUAUUAUCGAGCUCUACCAGAUUAUUCUUUUGAUCUUAAAGGAAAUACGGCCAAUGGUUGUAAAAAACAAAUGCAAAGACUUACAAUUAUGCUGGCGUGCAACAUGACAGGUACGGAUAAAUGA